AUGUCCCACUUCGCCGUCCCAAGUGCAAACAAACCCUACCGAAACCACCCGACCGGCCCCAGCCUGAGGCCUCGGAAUGGGCGGUGGUAUAUUCCACUCGUGGCUGCCAUUGGUCUCGGGUUCGGAGCGUACAAUUACUACGUCGAGGCUAUGUCGCGACGGAAUCUUAUGGCCAUCGAAGAAGAGAAGCGGGUAGCUCGCAACCAGCAACUCAUGGAUGCAUAUGGCGACAAAAAUAGUCUGGAUAAUGUCCAGCAUGCCCUGGAGACAUACAAGGGCCAGUAA